UCCAAUCAGAGUGAAACAAGACAGAAUGGCUUGGGGAUAUACGCAUGCGCGUUAACAGUACGGAACUAGGCGGUGUGUUGACCGACGUUUCCGGUGCGGCAGAUUCUCUCUAAAUACUGACCCACCAUCAUGACGUCCUGUCAGUACCUCCUCCUGCUGCUGCUGCUGCUGGGUGUGGGAGUCUCGGCGGUGGAGAUCCAACGCCCUCGCGGUGUCCCUUUGUCAAAACGGCAGUUCUAUGAAGAGGGCAAACCUUUUACUUGCCUGGAUGGCUCCCGCACUAUUCCCUUUGACAGAGUGAAUGAUGACUACUGCGACUGCCAGGACGGCUCUGAUGAGCCAGGCACGGCUGCUUGUCCCAACGGCAGCUUCCACUGCACCAAUGCAGGUUUCAGACCUGGCUUCAUCCCUUCCUCCCGCAUCAAUGAUGGAAUCUGUGACUGCUGUGACACCACAGAUGAGUACAACAGUGGUGCUGCCUGUCAGAACACCUGCAGGGAGAUGGGGCGCAAAGAGAGGGAGAGCCUGCAGAAGAUGGCAGAGAUUACCAAGGAGGGCUUUCUGCUUAAACAACAACUUAUUCAGGAGGCCAAGAGGGGCCUUGAGGAUAAGAAGGCCAAACAUGCAGAUAUUGAGGUUAGCAAGAAAGAUUUAGACAGCAUGGUUGAGGCUCUGAGAACUGUGAAGGAGACGGCAGAGCAGCCAGAGAAAGAAGCCAAAGAGCGCCAUCUGAAGGCCUGGGAAGAUCAAAAGGCUGUUAUUAACAUGGAGAAGGACAAGGCUAAAAUGGCGGAGGUGUUUCUUGAACUGGAUGAUGAUGCAGAUGGCUUUGUCUCAGUGGCUGAGCUUCUGUCCCACUCUGAGCUCGACUCAAAUUCAGAGGAUUCAUUCACAGAAGCAGAAGCUCAGGGGCUGAUGGGAGGAGUGGACAACGUGGACCCUGUAGCAUUUGAGUCCGUUUGGAAUAAUAUCAAAGAAAAAUACAUAUCCGAGGCCAACGCAGACACCCCAGCGCCUGUGGAGACCCCACCGGAGGAGAUCAGGGAGCCCGACUCCGACAACGACUCUGAGCAGUACCCUGAAGAGGACAUCCCAGAAGAAGACGAAGAGGAUGAGGACGAAGAGGAUGAAGAUGAUGACACAGAAGACCAAGACUAUAAGAGCCCUCCUACGACGCAGACCCAAGAAAAGAAGGCUGACGACGACGAGGGGACCAUGCCGCCCUAUGACCAAGACACGCAGAGCCUCAUCGAUGCUGCUCAGAAAGCCCGCGAUGCAUUUGACAAGGCUGAGAAAGCGCUCCGGGAAGUUGAUGAUCAGAUCAAGAGCCUCGAGAAGGAGAUCUCCUUCGACCUUGGACCCAGUGCUGAGUUCGCCUACCUCUACAGCCAGUGUUACGAGUUGACUACUAGCGAGUAUAUCUACAGGCUCUGUCCAUUCAACAGAGUAUCACAGAAACCCAAGUUUGGUGGAUCAGAAACUAACCUCGGAUCAUGGGGACACUGGGCAGGUCCCGAGGACAACAUCUACGCUGUGAUGAAGUAUGAGCAUGGAACAGGGUGCUGGCAAGGCCCGAACAGAUCCACCACGAUUAAAUUAACGUGUGGAAAGGAGACGGUUUUGGUAUCGACCUCAGAACCCAGUCGCUGCGAGUACCUGAUGGAGUUCAUCAGCCCCGCUGUCUGCCAGGAACCUCCAAACCUGGAUUCAGAGCUUCACGGGCACACGGAGCUCUAGAUCCAUUUUAUUUGUUGCUCUUGAGGGACCACAGUCACCGCAGCAACAUGAAGUUGCCGUGAGUGUCACAACCGUGGCAUCGAUAAACAAUUGAGAAGAAACGCUGGAAAUUCCAAGGAGGAGUUGAAUCGUCUACGCGUCUGACUUCCACUCCUACCUGUUGUGUUGUUUCUCUGAUUUAUGUCAAAUGUCGUCAUUCCAUUGUUUUUCAAUAAAGUUAAUUUUAUCAUAUUCCAAA